AUGAAUCUCGAAAAUCUAAACAACAACUCCUUAGAAAAUACCUUAGACAGUGCAACUGAAACUAAAUCAGAAAAUAACUUGCUAGGAGCUAUUUCUAAAUGUCUAACUUUCGCUCCUUUGGUUUAUGAACAAUUAACCGGACAAAAAGUCCCCCAAAUCACUGGGACCAUGGCCGAAAUUCAAGGGGCGAUUAACCAGUUAAAUACUUUAAUGCAAAAAGUUAUUGGUAAUCAACAAGUAAUUGUAGAUAAUCAAACUAAAUUAAAUACUCGGUUAGCUAAUUUAGAAAAUAAUGCUAAUCAAAAGUUAUUUAAUUUGACUAAUAAGGUUGAUAAAAUUAGCACGGUUAAACUAACCCACGAAAAAGAAAGAAAACAAAUCGAAUAUAGUCCUAAUCAACGUUUAGCCAAAUUCAGUCAAGGUCAACAACAAAUUAUCACUCUCUUAAAAGAGAAUAAUCAGUUACAAAAACUUAUUUUAGCUAAACUGGGAGGCCAAACCUCCUAA